UCAGCCGUGUGGCCGACAGGUGAGCUUUACCAGGAAGGUGACUGUUUAAUUAAAGUAAAACUCGCCUUUGCCCCGCGGCGGCUGACAGCAGGCUCCGGGGCCAUUAUGCGCCAGACAUUCGGCUCGCCAGGAUGUCCGUGAGCUACCUGUUGGAAAGGGACGGCGGCGCGAUGUACAGCAACCCCACGCGCCACGUUAACCUCGGCUACGGCCACCAGAACGUGUACCCAUCACCUCCAUACUCGGACUAUACCGGCUACCAUCACGUCUCCGCCGUGGGCAACGAGCACCAUCACGGAGCCCAGAGCGGCAGCGCGUGGAACCCGGUUUACGCGCCUGCGCACGACGAGUGGCCCCUGUACGCGCACGGAGCCACACACGCGCCCUUCCCCAGCCUCGGUUCCGUGAACGCAGGGAACGUGAGCGGCCUGGUGGCCCCGCAGGAACAGCGCAGCUUACCGAGUGUCCCCGGUCCUCCUCAACUGUCCCCUGUGUCUGAGAGGGACCAGGCCGAGUGGGCAAGACGCACAGGGCCACCAGCGAGCACAGGAGGGAAGACGAGGACAAAGGAUAAGUACAGGGUGGUGUACAGCGACCAUCAGCGCCUGGAGCUCGAGAAGGAAUUCCACUUUAGCCGUUACAUCACUAUCAGGCGGAAAGCUGAGCUUGCUGUGGCUCUCAGCCUCUCCGAACGCCAGGUAAAGAUCUGGUUUCAGAACAGACGUGCCAAAGAGAGGAAGCUGAACAGGAAGAAGAUCCAGCAGUCGCAGCAGGCCUCCACCACUACAGCCACUCCACCAGCCAUCGAUAUCCACGCCAGUGCUGCUAUAGUCGCGAGCACCAGCGGCAGCUUGUUGACAGACACUUUAUCUACGGCUAUUAAAGAAGAAUACUAA